CAAUGUCACUUCCGGUACUUUCAGGCGGGGAAUUUUGAAACUUUUGAGGACUGACGAGUUAAAUCAAAAUUAACUGCUCUCAAGUUAUUCAGUCGUAGUUUUGCAUUAGUUAUUUGUUGCCUAGUUAGCUUGUUUGAUAUAUGUAUUUGCUAAUUAAUUGUUUUACUACUAAGUUAGCUAGCUUGUUGUCGAUAGCUACUAGCCAGAUUACGUUCAUGUGUAUUCUUGCUAGCUAAUCACCCACCGAAUUAAUGUAUUAACGUUAGUAAAUAAGUUGGACAGACGGCAAGAAUGAGCAACGAGACACAUCAAUCCUGUUUGGCUGAUUCUACCAGCCAGCCACGAAGGAGGUCAGUGCGGUUGACCUCUCCAAAUCAAAAUGUCCCCAACUCAGCUCCUACAGACACUGUGAAACGCAGCAUCACUGUGAGGAAAAUUGCACCCAGGAAAACACAAUUCAAUGUACCCUCUGAGGACAACAAAGAAAAUGAACAAAGAUUGUCUGAAGGCAGUCUGAAGAAGGCCAAAAUUUCUAUCCCAGGAACUGCCCAGGUUCCUCCUCCAAAAGCCACCAUGCUCUCCCCGAUCUUGGCCCCCUAUCCCCAGGCUGCAGGGAACCCUGAGGACUCAGCAUGGUCACAGAAGGUUCGUCGGUCCUACAGCAGCCUAAGCCCAGGGGACCGUUCGUUUGAGCAUCCCCAAGGCCAGGACGUGUCCUCCCCAUCUCUGCGUCGGGAGACCAUGUUUGGGUUUGAGAAGCUUCAAACACCCCAGGUUCUCCGCAAGGUGGAGCAGUCCAGGGUGGGCUCUGAGGCCUCCAAGUCAUUCUGUGGGGUCAGCUCCUUCACCCUGAUAGAAGGGGACGACAGUGCUGCAGCUGCUCCUGAGCCAGAUGUCAACAUUCCUGGAGUUGCUGUGGUAAAGGAGAAGAGGAGGAGGAAGAAGGUUCCUCAAAUAAAACUGGCAGAGUUGGACGACCUUGCUGCAAAGAUGAAUGCAGAGUUUGAAGAGGCGGAAGGAUUUGAUUUGGUGGUGGAAUAAACUCAUAGGUCAUCCUCAAAGACUUUGACAUGUAACUAGAAAUCCUUUUUGCCAAGAUUGGAGAAAGUAAACUUUUUACACUUCUAUGAUGGCAUUUCAAAGGUGAUGAGGUGUGAAAGUAGUUGAUAUUUGCAUAAAUAUGGCACCUAUGGGAACAACAGGAUUAAUUUACAAUACAGAUGUAGGCUUUUUCAAUGUUCUAAAUGUGAGAUUGGUUUAAUAAGUGACUUAAUAAGAAUUGUGUAAUCUUAAAACCAGUUUCUAUCUUUACUGAUGUUCCUGUCACUUUGAUAGGUUGAUAUUUCUUUUCUUUUUGAAAUGACAACUUCAUUAGGUCACAGGGACAUUAUCUUGUGUUGAAGAGCACCCUUUUAUAUUUUAAAUCAUUGUAAAUUGGAUUACAGACAUCAGGUGUGUUAUAACUUGUCAGAUUUAUUUACAAAGCAUUUUCUGUGAUGUUGAGAUUACAGCUGUUUGCUUUUUACUUUGUUCUUUUCCUAAGUGUUAAUUUGGGACAGAACAUGUCCAAACUAAGAAUCUUCAUCAUGGCAGAUUGUCAUGUCCUACUAUGAUUUCAGAACUUGUGUUUUUGGAUUUAAUUGAAGCCUGCAUGUCAUGCAUUCCCUUAUCACAUUUGUUCUCUAGAGGGUGCUCUCACCCUCUCAUUGUGGAAGCCAUCACUGUUUUUACAUAUAAAAUAUUAGUUUAAAUGUAAUUAUUUAUUCAUCUCAUAUACAGUUGAAGUUUACAUACACCUUAGCCAAAUACAUUUAAACUCUGUUUUUCACAAUUCCUGACCUUUAAUCCUAGUUUUGAAAAAUCCCUGUCUUGUGGCAGUUAGGAUCACCACUUUAUUUUAAGAAUGUAAAAUGUCAGAAUAACAGUAGAGAGAAUGAUUUAUUUAAGCUUUUAGAAUUUUGGCUCAUUCCUCCUGACAGAGCUGGUGUAACUGAGUCAGGUUUGUAGGCCUCCUUGCUCGCACACGCUUUUUCAAUUCUGCCCACAAAUGUUUUAUUCGAUUGAGGUCAGGGCUUUGUGAUGGCUACUCCAAUACCUUGACUCUGUUGUCCUUAAGCCAUUUUUCCACAACUUUGGAAGUAUGCUUGGGGUCAUUGUCCAUUUGGAAGACUCAUUUGUGACCAAGCUUUAACUUCCUGAGUGAUGUCUUGAGAUGCUUCAAUAUAUCCACAUAAUUUUCCUCCCUCAUAAUGCCAUCUAUUUUGUGAAGUGCACCAAGUCCCUCCUGCAGCAAAGCAACCCCAUAACAUGAUGCUGCCACCCCUGUGCUUCACAGUUGGGAUGGUGUUCUUCAGCUUGCAACCCUCUCCCUUUUUUCCUCCAAACAUAACAAUGGUAAUUAUGGCCAAACAGUUCUAUUUUUGUUUCAUCAGACCAAAGGACAUUUCUCCAAAAAGUACGAUCUUUAUCCCCAUGUGCAGUUGCAAACCGUAGUCUGGAUUUUCUAUGGUGGUUUUGGAGCAGUGGCUUCCUUGCUGAGCGGCCUUUCAGGUUAUGUCAAUAUAGGACUUGUUUUACUGUGGAUAUAGAUACUUUUGUGCCUGAUUCCUCCAGCAUCUUCACAAGGUCCUUUGCUGUUGUUCUGGGAUUGAUUUGCACUUUUCACACAAAAGUACUUUCAUCUCUAGGAGACAGAACGUGUCUCCUUCCUGAGCGGUAUGACGGCUGCGUGGUCCCAUGGUGUUUGUAGAGAUGAACGUGGUACCUUCAGGCGUUUGGAAAUUGCUGCCAAGGGUGAACCAGACUUGUGGAGGUCUACACAUUUUUUUCUGAGUUUUUGACUGAAAUUUCUUUUGAUUUUCCCAUGAUGUCAAGCAAAGACGCACUGAGUUUGAAGGUAGGCCUUGAAAUACAUCCACAGGUACACCUCCAAUUGACUCAAAUGAUGUCAAUUAGCCUAUCAGAAGCUUCUAAAGCCAUGACGUUUUCUGGAAGUUUCCAAGCUGUUUAAAGGCACAUUUAACGUAGUAUGUACAUUUAAGACCCACUUGAAUUGUGAUACAGUGAAAUAAUCUGUAAACAAUUGUUGGAAAAAUUCUUGUGUCAUGCACAAAGUAGAUGUCCUAACUGACUUGCCAAAACUAUAGUUUGGCCAGCAGCAUACCACCCUGCAUACCACUGCUGGCUUGCUUCUGAAGCUAAGCAGGGUUGGUCCUGCUCGGUCCCUGGAUGGGAGACCAGAUGCUGCUGGAAUUGGUGUUGGAGGGCUAGUAGGAGGCACUCUUUCCUCUGGUCUAAAAAAAAAAAAUAUUCCAAAACCCCCAGGGCAGUGAUUGAGGACACUGCCCUGUGUAGGGUGCCGUCUUUCGGAUGGGAUGUUAAACGGGUGUCCUGACUCUCUGAGGUCGUUAAAGAUCCCAUAAUCUGGCCUUCAAACCAUCAUGAUUUGAUUUGAUGGUCACCUAAUCCCCAGUUUACAAUUGGCUCAUUCAUCCCCCUCUUCUCCCCUGUAACCAUUCCCCAGGUCGUUGCUGCAAAUGAGAAUGUGUUCUCAGUCAAUUUACCUGGUAAAAUAACGGAUUAAAAUAAAAAAUAGUUUGUUAACAAGAAAUUUGUGGCGUGGUUGAAAAAUGAGUUUUAAUGACACCAACCUAAGUGUGUGUGAACUUCUGACUUCAACUGUAUGAUGGUUUAGAUUUGAGUGAUUUAAGACUUUAUCUGAUCAAAUUUAUUAUCAGAUUUAACACUUCUUAUUGGCUGUCUUCUCCAUGACUGACUCCAGUAUAUUGCAUUUUUGUUGUUGUAAGGACUAGCUUAUAGUGGUUGCUUUUUUGUAAAUUUCUGUUUCAUGAAUAUAAUAAAUAGUUUGAGCUAUA